AAUACUUCCAGGAGCCUGAUCUGCAGGCCCUACCCGUGGGAAGGGAUCCCUGAAGGGUCUGGGCCUCGGAGUGGACAGGCAGCUGAGCCGAAGUUCCCACAGCAGUGCCAUGGCCAAAAGUGCAAAUGGGAUCGUUAGCAUCUCAGAAAGAUUGAGAGGGGUCUAAGGAAACUCUGGGUACCGAAGGGCUCGGAUACAGCGGAGAAAGGCAGACCAGGAAGUUCCUCCAAUGAGGAUCCCUAUUUGUCAGCGCUGGGUGAACGUCUGUGCUGGCUCGUGGACACGGCCGGUGGCAGUGCUGUGUGGUGAGUGCCCACCGAAGAGCCCAGCCUGUUCCGAAGCACUGGCCCGCUGCAGGAGGAAAUGGAGUACGAACGGAGAGGUGGCCGUGGGGACCGGACGGGCCGAUAUGGUGCUGCUGACCGGUCCCAGGACGACGGCGUGGAUGGGCGGACCCAGCGAGACCACGACUACCGGGACAUGGAUUACCGCUCGUACCCCCGCGACUUCAGCAGCCAUGAGACCGCUAAUGAGUACGACUCAUCCGAGGAGCAGAGCGCUGAGGAUUCCUACGAGGCCUCCUCGGGAUCGGAGACUCAACGCAAGCGGGACAGCCCCACCGAGCCCCUGGGCUACCCCGGCGACGGGGACUACCGCGACCAGGAUUACCGGCCCGAGCCAGAGGAGGAGCAGAAGGCCAGCAGCAUCAUCAUGCUGAGGAUGCUGCCCCAGUCUGCCUCCGAGAAUGAUAUCCGGGCCCAGCUGCAGGCGCACGGGAUCCAGCCCCGCGAGGUGCGGCUGAUGCGGAACAAAGCCUCAGGUCAGAGCCGCGGCUUCGCCUUCGUCGAGUUUAAUCACUUGCAGGACGCUACCCGAUGGAUGGAAGCCAAUCAGCACUCCCUCAGCAUCCUGGGCCAGAAAGUCUCCAUGCACUACAGCGACCCCAAGCCCAAGAUCAAUGAGGACUGGCUCUGCAGCAAGUGUGGAGUGCAGAAUUUCAAACGAAGGGAGAAAUGCUUUAAAUGUGGCGUUCCCAAAUCAGAGGCUGAGCAGAAGCUGCCCCCAGGGAGUCGGCUAGACCAGCUGGUGGCGCUGUCGGGCCGGGAGCUGAGUCAGGGCCUUCUGCCUCUGCCACAGCCCUACCAGUCCUCGGUGCUGUCAGCAACCCAGCCCCUGGCCCAGGCGUCAGAGCCCUGUGCUGAGAACGCCAACGACAACUUGGGAUCCCCUGUGAUCUCUGACCAUAGGAUCUACCCACUUUUGCUGUCCUAUGUGAUCUACUUCAUGAAGUACACCUAA